CGCGCAGUUCCAUUUAAGUGGUGAAACGACAGGAUUCUAAGAAGUUAAUUUUCCUUGACUUCUAUUACUUGCUCAGUUGAAAUACAUAAAUAGUGAGAUAAGAUAAUAUUAAGAUAAAAUAAUAAUAGAAUCUUUGUUUAAUUAUCUAUGAAAAUUGUUAAAAUCGGUUAUAAAAAGAACUUGACAUGUUCAUCAUAAUUUGAAAUACAUAAAAAAUACAUAAAUUUCAUAAAAAAAUUCGUAAAACCAUCGCAUUAUAAAUAAUUAUCUGUAGCAAUUAUUCUAUUAUAUCAAUAGACAAAUGGAUAUUAAUAUUAAUUGAGAAUUAAUAAAACACGAUAUAUAUGCCACGUAAACGAAGAAAAAAACUAAAGACAUGAAAAAAUCAUGAUAGAAAUACGCAACCUACGAUAAAGUAAUCAAUUUAUUGAAUUUCUAUAUUUAAGUGUAUAAACAAUGGCACCCACCAGAGACAAAUGUGUGAGACGUUUUAUUAUUCCAGAAACGACAAGGCAUAAAAAAGGAUUUACUAUUUACAAAGUCACAUCUGUGGUAUUUUUAAAAAAUUCUUAUGAAGAAAUUUCUAAAGUGUCUGUAUGGAAACGUUAUAAUGAUUUCAAAAAACUUCAUUUAGAAUUAAAUGUACUAUAUUCACAAUCUCGAAUUAAAGAAAGUUUUCCAUCAUUUCCAAAACCAAAAUUUUUUGGUAGAUUUGAAGCUGAUGUUAUUGAAGAAAGAAGAGAAUGUGCAUUAAAAUUUUUAGAAUUUAUAGGAAGACAUUCAUAUUUAUAUUCUAGUGAUAUUUUCAUAAAAUUUUUUGAAACUAGUCAUGCUGAUUAUUAUUUAAAUGAUUAUUCUCAGUCUAUUAGUUCUGAUACAUCAACAGAAGAAGAUCUUCAUUCUUAUGCAAAUUCUCUAUCUAAUAAUGAUGUUGUUCCUCAAAGUAUUUCUCAAAUCAAAAAUAUUCAAACAUCAUUUACAAAUUCAUCUAUUUCUAAAAAUGAAGUAAAUCAAUCUCAAGGUGCAUCUGAUUCUAAAGAACAAAUUUUACCACAAAAUAAUUUAAGAUACAAAACUGAAAAUGAAAAGAUAUCCAUGACAAAAAGUAUACAUAAUAAAUUGUUAAUAGAAAACAAUGAUUCAAGUAAAAUUGUUUCUAAAUUAGAGGAUACCCAAUUAAUUUCUAACAAAAAUAAUAAUUGUUAUAAGAAUUAUUAUAUUAAGAAGGAGAAUGAUUCUGUAAUUUUAGCAUCAAACACUAAAACAAAUACCACUGUUGAAGAUAUAAAUUCUUCACUAAAUACUCAUGAUGGUUCUGAUUUACCACAAUCAUUGACAGAUUCGCCACAAUAUAUUCUAAUUGCAGCUGCACAUAUGAGUGCAGCUAUUAAACAUGAAGAUCUUACUGAAUAUGAAGAAGCAUUUACUCAAUAUAAAAUGGGAAUCUCUAGUCUUCGAUCUGGAGUUGAAUCUGAUUCAAAUAAAAUAAGAGCAGAAAUAAUUAAGGAAAAAAUAUCAAAAUAUUUAGUACGUGCUGAAAAGCUUUAUAAUAGAUAUCUUAAUUGCAAUAUCUCAGUGUUGAAUAAACCUAUAGCAGAACUUCAAUAUUAUAAAGUAUUAAAAAUUAUAGAAUCAGUAAUGCUUGUAAGAGAUAUUCGUCAAAACUGCCUCAAUAUUGUAAAAGCUAUAGAAAAAUUAUCUUCAAACAAAGAAAAUAUAAGUAAUUAUAUAUUACGUGGUGAAAUACCAUACAUGGUCCGUUUACAUGCAUGUAUUGAAACAGACACGCGUAUAUUUCUAAUUUUACAACAUUUAGGCCGUGGAAAAUUAUGGGAUUUUAUAACAUCACAUUAUAAUUCUAUUAGUAAUAAAAAUUAUGACAAAAUAACUACAGAAAAAGACAUUAAAAAAGUAAGUGAUGAUAGUAAUAUCAGAUUACAUAAAAGCGAUAUAAAUGAAAUUGAAGAUGAAAUUGAAAAUUUAAAUCUUAGUACAAAUGCUAAAGUACAAAUGGAAAUAUAUCCAAUAAUGGUAGAAAAAAAUUAUGAAAAAUAUACCAAUGUAUCUACUACACAAUUAUUAGAAAAGGCGCAAAUACUAUUACAAUCAGUUAAUGCAACUUUAAAAGAAAGUAAUUCUGUUGCCAAUCGAUUAUGCGAAUCUGAUCGCUUGAUAAAUCAUCAAGAUAAUACUUCGUUAUUAAAUUUUAAAAAUAUAUGUCAACCAAAACAUUAUGAUGAAAUGUCAAUAAAUGUUAAUGAUAUAUUAUUAGAAAAUGACGAUACAGAUAAAACUAUCACAAACGAAAAAAUACCUGAGAAGAAUGUGAUAACAUCUAAUUAUUUAUCACAAAAUAUUACAAAUAUAAAGAGUCAAUAUAGCAGCACUAAUUCAUCAUUAAACAAUAGUUAUAAAAAUCUUAAUUUCGAAAAAAAAGAAUCCAUAAAUUCUUCGAUAGAUAGUUUAAAAACAAAUAAUACAUAUUUUGCAUUAGAAAAUAAAUUGAUAGAUAUUCGUAAUCAAGUGGAAAUAAAUAAUUAUUGCAUAUCAAAUAAUCAACAAUUAAAAUAUAAUACAAUUUUAAUGGUAUCAACAAAAAACAACAAUAUGGAUAUUGAACAAGAAUAUUGGACAAUACCAGAAAAUGUAAUUCGUCUUUGGACUGCUGAAAUACUUUUAGCUCUAGAAGCUUUACAUCAACAAGAUGUUAUUGUUUUUGAUUUAAAACCUGAUAAUGUAUUACUUGAUGAUAACGGGCACGUGCAAUUAACAUAUAUUGUACCUCGCCAUGAUAUAAAUUUAUUAAAAUAUAAAUAUCCAUAUUCAUCUCCUGAAUUAUGCACAUUUUCAGCUAUGACUCCUCUUACUCCAGCUACAGAUAUCUGGAGUUUCGGCAUUAUAUUAUACGAAUUAAUAGUAGGCAAUAAAUUUGAAGCAAAACAUCCAGGUUCAUUUCAAUCGCAUUCCAUAGUUAACAUUCCUAGUAAGCUUUCUGAAAAUGCAAAAUCUUUGCUUCUUAAUAUACUAAAAUAUGAACCAAAUGAAAGGAUGACAAUACCCGAAAUAAAACAACAUCCAUUUUUUAAAGAUAUUAAUUGGUCAAAUUUGAUACUGUUGACAUUCCAUCAACAAAUCUAGUUGUAAAUACUACAUUAGCAUUGUUGAACAUUCCAUCCUUUAAUGAUACAACAAUAAAUUGUGAAUGUUUAAA